AUGAAACAAUGGGACUCUGAAUUUCUGACUGAACGUCACCAGUGUAAGCAAGUGUGUCACAAGUAUGGCAACAAUGAUGAGUGUAGGUUCCAGUUUCUCCAUGAAAUUGUAGAUACAUCAUAUUAUGUCCAGGAAACAAAGUCUGUAGUGUUGAAGUGUCGUGAUGGUACCGUGAACUAUUUCAAUCCUUAUGUGUUGGUAUACUGCAGACACAAUCAUGACCUCAAAUGCAUUUUGUCUAGGAAAGCAGCAAAGACAGCAAUGUUUUACAUUACAAACUACAUUACAAAAAUGGAGCUGAAGACAUAUGAGAUGUUGUCACUGCUUUCUAGAGCAAUGAUGAAGCCGAUGGUGACACAGAGGAUGUCUCAUUGA